ACGGUCACCAACCGUCGACCACUCAUAACCUCAACUCGCUGUCUCACACUCACUCACUGACUCGCUCCUUCUCACUCAACAAUGGCGCUUAGAUUUCAUACAGCAAAUAUUAGCGCAUGUCCACCUCCAUUCACUCAAAGAAGUCACAAGUUUUCCUCUUCAAAGCCCUUCAAACUCUCUCCAACUCGCCCAACUUCUCUUCUUUUGAGAGCUUCAGUUGUGGGCCAGCAGGAGCUGACCUUCACUGAAGAAGAAAACCAACUCAUCGAUGCCCUUAUCGGCAUCCAAGGCCGUGGAAAAUCAGCCUCUCCGCAGCAACUCAACGAUGUUGAACAUGCAGUGAAAGUUCUUGAAGAUUCACCAGGCGUGCCUGAUCCAACAGGAUCUAGUUUAAUUGAGGGUCGUUGGCAACUAAUGUUUACAACAAGACCGGGAACAGCAUCUCCAAUUCAGAGAACAUUUGUGGGGGUUGACAAUUUUAGUGUAUUUCAAGAGAUAUCCCUUCGGAUAAAUGACCCGCGUGUAUCGAAUAUUGUAAAAUUUUCUGAAGCAAUAGGUGAGCUAAAAGUAGAGGCAGAAGCGUCGAUCAAAGAUGGAAAAAGAAUCCUUUUCAGAUUCGAUAGAGCAGCCUUCUCUUUUAAAUUUUUACCUUUUAAGGUUCCUUAUCCGGUGCCAUUCAGGCUUCUUGGUGAUGAAGCAAAGGGUUGGCUGGACACUACAUAUUUGUCGCCAUCUGGAAAUCUACGGAUAUCAAGAGGAAAUAAGGGCACCACAUUUGUGCUGCAAAAGAAAACGGAAUCAAGGCAAAGACUACUAGCAGCCAUUUCGACAGGAACGCAAGUUAGAGAGGCAAUCGAUGAGUUUGUCUCCUUGAAUCAAAGUACAGCUAAAGAUGAACCAGAACUCAUUGAGGGAGAAUGGCAGAUGAUAUGGAGUUCUCAGGUAGAGACAGAUAGUUGGUUAGAGAAUGCUGGCAAUGGUCUAAUGGGCAAGCAGAUUGUCAAGAAGGAUGGACAACUUAAAUUCGCCGUUGACAUCUUACUCGGGUUCAGAUUCUCCAUGACCGGCAAGUUUGUGAGAGCCAGCGCCAACACAUACAAUGUCACCAUGGAUGAUGCAGCCAUUAUCGCUGGGCCAUUUGGGUAUCCUGUAGAGAUGGAAACAAAGAUGGAUCUGGAGCUGCUAUAUAGUGAUGACAAGAUCAGAAUCAGCAGAGGAUACAACAAUAUUCUCUUUGUGCAUGUGCGAACCGAUGGUUCAAAGCAAAAGUAAAUUCCAUGAUUCUAUGAUAUAAAGUGUAUACAUGUAAUUAAUUUAACUACUCUUCGAGUUCAUAUGAAAGAUGUUUUGGUCAAUCACUCAGGGGAAUUAUGUCUCAUGUUGUUACGGUCAAUAGUCGCAAAUCAACUGAUUAAUUUUUGAAACCAUAGAAACCAAAGGAGGUUGAUUCAAAUCUU